UUUAAACGUAAAGCAGUUCGCAGACGUGCAAGUGAUUAGAGCAGGCCCAAAUUGAAUUAACGUUAUUUUGUAGACGAUGAAAGUAGGAAUAUCGCUGAAGAAAUUCUACGUAUAGUGUUCAGUGUUUGUCACAAUGAUUAUAGAUAAUGUUGAUGCUCUGAAGUCGUGGCUGGCAAAACUCCUUGAGCCAAUAUGUGAUGCUGACCCUUCUGCGUUGGCAAACUACGUUGUGGCUUUGGUGAAAAAGGAUAAACCCGAAAAAGAACUGCGAGCAUUAUGUGCUGACCAAUUGGAUGUUUUUUUACAAAAAGAAACCACAGGCUUUGUGGACAAACUUUUCGAAUGUCUGACCACCAAGAACUACUUAGGAAAUCCACCUGCUAAGGAAGGACCUAAAGAGGAGACAAGACCUGUGGCACAAAAACCAGAUGAAAAGGAAGAGGCCAGUCACGUUGAGGAUGACCGGGAAAGCCGAAGAAGGAGGAGUCCGCUGAGGAAUCGUCCUGAAUUUAAUGAGUCUAGGAGCAGGGACGAGCGUCGGCGAGACGAGCGCAAGCGGCGGGAGGCGGAGCGCCACGGCAAGGGCGGUGAGCCGCACCGCGAGCGCGACAGGCAUGAGCGCAGGGGCGUGAGCUCCCGGGGGCGGAGCCGCAGCCGGAGCCGCAGUGGCAGCCGGGGCAGGAGCCGGGAGCGUGAGCACGGGCAGAGACGAGAGCACCGGUGCAAGUUCGAGCAGGAGCGCAAGGACCCAGAGCCGUACACACCGCUGCCACCGGGCCCGAUGGGCAACACUCACCACCAGCCGAAGCAACACCCCUCCCCUCUGCUCCCCCUGCCCCGCCCCCCGCCGCACUUCCCACCCUCGGGGAGCCCUGGUGGCGUCCCCAGUGCGGCAACAGUGGUGGCCCCCGCGCAUCUGCCAGACAGCACGACGGAAAGCUGGGCAACUUACUACCCCAACCGCGGUGACGGAAAGAGCGGCACGCACAAGCACCGCUGCAGAGACUACGACGAGAAAGGAUUCUGUGUGCGUGGCGACCUCUGCCCUUUCGACCAUGGCAGCGACCCCCUGAUCGUGGACGACGUCUCCCUCUCCCUGCCCACCAUGAUUCCCUUCCCGCCACCGGGCAUGCCCCCUCCCCGCGUGCCCGCACCCGCCAUGACUGAGCCACCCCCGCGCAUGCCCAUGCCCAUGCCCCCGCACGGCCAGCCCCCUCCACCGGGCAUCUACCCCAUGACAAGACCUCCUCUAGUCCCAGCCAGCGGCAUGGAGACUCCGCCCCACCCAAGGACGAGCAACUCCUCCCCUCUGGCCCCGCCCGGAGUGGGCCCACCUCCUCCUCCUCCUCCUCCUCCUCCUCCUCCUGCCUCCUCCAGCUCCUCUUCUACUCCCCUCCACCCUCAGUACACUCUGUCUGAAUAUAGCUACGAUCCCGAGGCCUACAACCCUGAGUCCCCGGGCCUGACGGGGGCGGGCCGAACCCAGUACCGGCAGUUCAUCCCCCGCAUUCAGACCCAGAGGUCCAACCUCAUCGGUUUAACCUCCGGGGAUGGACAGACAUCCCGAGCGGCAAAUAUAGUGAUCCAGACUGAGCCGUCACUAACCAGCCUGCCGAGCAGCGAGGCGCGGUUUGGCACGGAGCCGGAGAACAGGAAAAGACACCUGGGCUCAAGUGAAGGCCCUCUGGCCAAAAAACCUUGGAUGGUAGACAAGCCAAACUUCAACAGCCAGCACAAGGCUGCCUUCCCCAAGAAGAACCACUACGCAAACACUAAGCUGGAAGUGCGCAAAAUACCCCGGGACCUCAACAACAUAACCAAGCUCAACGAGCAUUUCAGCAAGUUCGGGACAAUAGUGAACAUCCAGGUGGUGUUCGGGGGAGACCCGGAGGCGGCCCUGAUCCAGUACACGGCUAACGAGGAGGCUCGGCGGGCCAUCUCCAGCACUGAGGCUGUACUCAAUAACCGCUUCAUCAGGGUGUACUGGCACAGAGAGUCCCAGCUCCCGGCCCCUCCCACAACCCAAGAGCAAGGCCCCAGCCAGAGCACCAGCCUUGGACCCCAGCACCCCCCAGCCCACAAGGUCAUCAGUAAGCAGCACGGCCCAGGGGCCUACGUGCUAAACAAGACCCUCCCCAAACCUCAGGCCACCUCCGGUGCUCCCAUACCAGCCGCUCCUGACUCCCUCGGCCCUGGAGCCGAGUCCCCAUUGGCUGCCACACCAGCCUCCAGCCUGCAGAAGGGAACCUUUGCACGAACGGUCCUGAAGCCCCUGCCCAAGGCUCUGGGAAAGACGGCCAAAGCCCUUGAAGCGCACGAGGUUUUGAAAAAAAAGCAGGAGGCACUAAAGCUGCAGCAAGACAUGAGGAAAAAGAAGCAAGAGAUGCUCGAAAAACAGAUAGAGUGUCAAAAGGUGCUGAUAAAUCGUCUGGAGAAGAACCGGGGCAUGCGGCCAGAAGAGAGGGCCAACAUUAUGAAGACCCUAAAGGAGCUCACUGACAAGAUCUCUCAGCUAAAGAAUGAGAUCAGCCCCACCACCCCGGGCACAGCCAACGCUGCUCCACCCAAGACCAAGACAGACGCACAGAAGGAGCUGCUGGACGCAGAGCUGGACUUGCACAAGAAGCUCACGUCGGGAGAGGACACCACGGACCUGAAGAGAAGACUGGGUCAACUGCAAAUAGAGGCUAAACGGCUGGGGCUCCUGCCUGCUGGCCGGGCCAAGCCGACCCUGACCCCCACCCGGGGACGAGGCAGGGGCCGCGGGCGGAGCACCCGCGGCAGAGGAGUGGGCAGCCACAUGGUAGUGGACCAUCGGCCCCGAGCCCUCGCCAUCUUGGGCGUCACCCAGGAGGAGAAGGAGGAGUUGAUGCCACACUUCGUGAAAUUUGGGGAAAUCGAAGAGCUUCGUGACCAGGAUGCCACCAGCGUGGUGAUGACGUUCAAAACCCGAAGUGAAGCAGAGAAUGCUGCAAAUCAAGGGGCAAAGUUCAAAGGUCGAGUUCUCCAGAUUUCCUGGUACAAACCUAAAACUCCAUCCAUAUCCAACGAACCUGAAGAGGAGGAGUCAAAGGAGGAGUCCACAAUGGAGCCAGUUAGCCCUUUCCUGCUGCCAGAGGAGGAAGAGGAAGACGACGAUGAAGACGACGAAUACGAGAGUCGCUCUUGGAGGCGAUGAGAAGAUGCCCUACAUAAUUUUUUUUUUUUUUUUUUUUUUUCCCCUCCCCCUUGUGAAAAGGACAGUCCGUUUUUUAAGAAGCUAAUUUAAGUCCGUUUGAUAGACGUAAAAUCACUUUGUUUUGUAAACUAGUUUCCAGUAUUUUUAGACCUAGAGAAUGGAGAAAGCAUUAUGGUAGGAGUGACAACACUGUGUGAAGUUCAGACUAGAUUUUUGCGAGGUAUCCCCUUGUUGUACCACUCAUGAAACCUCUGCAUAGUACACGUCUCGCAUCUGCUCAGACUGAGAUUAAAUUGUUUUUAUUGGUUCCAUUGUGAUUGACCAGAUAUAGGAGUAACUCACAUCUGUGACUACUAUGAAUAUUUUUGAAACUUCCCCUUAAAUUUUCUCUUCACAUAUCUUCAAAUCAUUCAUUAUAAAACUCCUUUCUAAAUGUUUAUAGCUCCCGUACCGUCAAUAUCACACAUCAUACAAGCCAAGUGUUCUUUAGGUAGUCAUGUCUUAUUAAUGCAUUUCCAAACAUUUUUGGCAAACUCUGGAAGCUAGUGAACCCCAGUUGUUUAAUUGUUACACCUCUUCCAUCCAAAUUUCUGGUGACACUUUAUGUAAAUAUGGAUCCAGUGGUAUGUGUGUCAAACUCUUCACAAAUAUCUCUCCCUCUGAGUUGAGUUCAGUCAUCGGAAACCAAAGAGAGCUUUGGCUGGGAGUAUAAAAUAUAUUGUUUGUCCAGAAACUAUUAACUGGGGUGUCUUGAAUGUGCACAUUUAAUUUAUACAUAAUUUUGCCUUACUCGAUCAGCAGACAGCUGACUUUUUACAAGUUUUCAGAUUUUUUUUUUCUUUCUCCUUUUUUGUAAAUUUUGUAAAUGGUUGCGAUUUAGUAAGGACUGUUCACAUUUAUUUUUAGCCAUUAGAAUGAGUGUUAGCUCAUUGUUGAGAUGAGAUUAUUUACUCAGAUGAUUGCUUUAAAACAGUCUGCUUGUUUGUAAAGUAGACUGCUAAAAGCAGUAGGCUCCUUCAUUCAUAUUUGCCUAGCUUCAUGGCUUUUUGGGUUGACCCAAAGCCUUAAUGUUUUUUCAUGUAUUUAAUUUCAAGGUAGAUUUUAAUAUAAAUGUAUUUCCAUUUGUUAUAAUCACCUGUUCCAGCCCAUCCUCAUACCACUGGUUUCAAAUGCUUCCUUUUAAAGAAGGUGGGGUUUUUUUGUUUUUUAGAAAAAAAUUCUAAGUGAAGAAUUUGUGAAUUGCUCUAAGGAUUGUAAGAGCAGGGUGUGUGCAUCGACCUGAUUAAAAAAUAUAUAUAUUUUUAUUAUUGUCCCUAUAAACAAUUAAGAUCCAGGUUUCCUUAAUGAAAGCAGUGUAAUUCUUUAAAAAGUUCCCCAUAACAACUUGACAUUUUCUUUGUGUGCUAACUGUGCUGUGAACUGACUCAUCAGUACACCAUAUGGACUGUUUUGUGCCGCGUGUCCAAACCCUUAUGUGCUUCUUUCUUCAGACACUUCAGAAGAUCAGAGUGUUGUAGCCCACACACAGUUGUGUGUUUUCCCAGCUUAGAAAGUCAAUAGGGAAAAUGAAGGCGGUCAUAAUCAGCUCUAUAUGUGACAGUUUCGUAGAUGACUGAGGACCGUUGGUGAAAUUUCAAGAGCUAUGGAAAUGAGUUCCAUUGUGUGGUAUUUGUAUUUUGGUUUUUUUUUGUUUUUUUGUUUUUUUUUUGGUUGUUUUUUUUUGUGUAUAAUACAGCUCCUGUUCUAUGGUAGUAUAAUACAUUUAGUGUAAAAUGGAAUUUGACUUUAUUACUGUUUAUAUAUUUGAGCCUUUAUGGGUGUAUUUUUCAGUUUUCUGCUUGUAAAAUGGAUUUCUAUUCUAACAAUCGCAUGUUUGCUUAUAAAUAAAGGAAAUGGAAUGGGUUAAUCAAAAGAAGAACUUUAAAAAGACAAAUUCAAUUGGCCAAAAAAAACAAAAAACAAAACGGUACAAGUUUAAAAAAAAAACAA